AUGCCCUACACACUGAGCAACAGGCGUGUCCUCGUCACUGGUGGCAGCCGAGGGCUGGGGGCGCGCAUAUGCCAAAAGUUUGCACGAGAAGGGGCUCAUGUGAUGGUCAACUACGUUUCCAACGAGAAUAGAGCUCGCCAGGUCGUGGACAAGGUGCAGAGUUUUGGAGUGAAGGCAUUCAUGGUUCAGGGAGACGCGGGAAAUGCCGACCACAAUGCUCGCAUCGUCAAGGAAACGGUGGAGAAGCUAGGCGGGCUGGAUAUCAUUGUGGCUAACGCCGGAUGGACGAGGCUCAGCGACUUUGGCGAUCUGAACGCAUUGAGCUUGGAAGAGUGGAACAAGUGUUACGCAACCAAUGCUCUUUGUCAUCUACAGCUCAUGCAGGCCGCCGGGCCUAUUUUUAACGCCAAUUCAGAAGGUGGUGUGUAUUUGAUUACAUCUUCCAUAGCGGGUUCCACGCAGAGCGGAAGUAGCAUGGCGUAUGCGGUCAGCAAAGCAGCGGGCCUGCAUCUGAUGAAAUGCAUCGCCGCGACGCAAGGUCCCAAACUGCGGAUGAAUGCCAUCUUACCCGGUCAGCUCUUGACAGAAUGGGGCUUGCAAUUUACGGAAGAGCAAAUUGCUCAGGAGCAAAACGACUCUGUUUUGAAACACGAGACGUACCUAAGCGAUUGCGCUGAUGUGUACAUUUGGGUUGCGAAGAACACCUCUAUGACUGGUCAAGAGAUAACCGUAGAUGCUGGUCUUACUCUCUCAUGGAGUUCUGCUAUUUGA